UCACUUUCAAAAUCUGUUCUCGCCUUAAUUUUCUCGUAUAGUUUCUUAAAUUUACUUUUGAAAGGAUAUUCUUYAGUAUAAAUAGAUAGAAUAUUAUAUAUUGAUGACAAUGCAAGUGACAGUAAAGACUUUGGACUCAGAAACGCGAGAAUUUACAGUCUCAGACGAGGCUACUGUGGAGGAAUUCAAAAACCAGAUCGCAUCAGCUGUUGGAAUACCAGCAGAAAGGCAGCGUCUUAUAUUUAAGGGAAAGGUUCUGCAAGACUCAUCUAAACUCCAAAGCUAUGGAGUUGAUGGAUGUGUGAUUCACUUGGUUGAGCGAAGGCCACCAACACAAAGAACACAUCCAGAUGGAGCCAGUGCCGAGAGGUCAGGGCAAGAUGGUGGUAAUGGUGAUGGCCCAGGUUUUAAUAUGACUCCAGAUGUCAUGAAUCUCUCACAGCAAAUUGUCCAGGGUCUUAUAAGUCAACUUGGCUUGAAUUCGGCACAAGCUAAUGUCAGCACAUCACAGUCUGGUGAUGGAGCAACACUAAAUGUACACAUCAAUCUAUUAGCAUCUGCCAAUGCUGCCAAUGAUGCUGGAGUAAGAAUAGCAAGAGCAAGACAAUUCUUGAGAGCAGGAAGGGCUUCUUUAAAUAGAUCAGAGGGUGAUAACAGUGUGUUACCAGAAUCUACUGUCACUAUGGGAACAGGGCCUUCUACGACAGAAUCCCAGUCAGGGAGCUCAAAUACACAGCAGUCAAGCAAUGACUCAAAUACCAACCAAAAUAAUUCCCCUGAUGUAUUAGCUGAUGUACUUGGUGAGCUGCUAGAGCUGAAUUCUACURUGCAACCAUAUUUACAGCGAUAUAUCACCUUGCUAAACUCAAAUACUGCUGAGAAUUUGCUUCCAUCAGAUGACAGUCUUCCAGAUCGUGUUGCUGAGGCUUUGCAUAACCUAAGCCAUGCCUACCAUGCAUUGUCAGACUUGACCUUUAACUUCAGAUCACCAGAGCCACGGCGACUSAAUGUACUUCCAYCUCUUUCCAACCAUGUGGGUGCCACGCCUUUACUUUCUUCAUUGUUUUCCAGCAAUCAGCCAACUACAGCWCAGUCAGGGCAGCAGACACCACAGGCCAACACUGAACCAAGGGUGCAUGCUGUUCCUGGYACAGCUGCCAUAGCAUUUACYUCCAUCAUAUCAGGGUCUCUUCCUCCRUCAGGUAUCUACAACCAACAACCAAGCACAACAACRACUGGUGGAGCCAGUAGAGCAGGCUCAAUGUUUAAUUUCAGUUUUGGAUCAUCUGGUAGUCAUGGUAAUACCCAGCAAACAACAAGUAGUAGCUCAACUACUAGUUCUACUAGUACGUCAACACAAAACACACCCCAGGGAMCGGAGGGUAGAGAUAACGUUAGGAUAGUAAUGGAUGACUUUGUAGCAUUAUUUUCCAAUUCACAACCAGUGACRUCRCACAGCGAGACAUCAAGAACGUCUACUACUACACCAUCACAACAGCAUAGUCAAGGAGAUACGGACACACAGACACAGAAUUCAGGGACUACAGCAUCAUCAAGAGCUGUUCCACGAAUCAAUAUUGGAGGUCUGCCAUUGAAUGGUAAUCACCAAGACCCUCUGGUACCGUGUGAGUCAUUUCACUUUGGACCCAGGUCCCGGCAACCACAGGGAAAYCAAACAGAGAGUGAUAACUCUCAAUCAAAUCCAGCUAGUGGUCUUGCCCAGGCCUUCUCUGAUGCUGUUGCAUCAGCAUUACAGGACACAGUAUCUGGAAGGAUGUCCAGUGGUGGUAGACAGUCAGAACAGGCAACUACAGGUCAACAAUCAGGUAAUGCCACAACUAACCGUACUACACCUGUUACAAGCUCAGCAACGAGCUCUGAGGCAGUCAAUCCUCUUGUUCAAGUUUUAUCUGCUCUGCAUAAUAUUGAGAAUGAAGGACCACGUCAACAGACUUCUACAAGGUCAAGUCAACCAACACCAAACCAGAGAGCCUCUGCACAGGCACGUGAAAUUUCAAUGUUACAAAAUGUUAUCAUGAAUACUAUUGGUCAAGCAGUGCGCAGGGACGAGGACCCACAAACUAUCAGCGACUUUCUGAAUGAAGUGGACGAAGCUGUAGGUGGCACAGUUCAUGAAAUGCGACCACAAGGACCAUUCUUAAACCGGCUAAUUGAACGCUUUCAAAGGACUAUGACAUUACAGGAUAUGGUCUUUAUGUUGAUGGGGCUUCCAGAUCCAUAUGUGCGUUUACGUAAUGUAGUGCGUCAGUAUCCUCUAACUGAUUUAUUAGAUGGAGCACCUGCUACAGAUGCUAAUAUACAACAUGUUUCAUCAGAGAUCACAGCAGAAAUACUUGACAUAGCUGGUGAAUUACUGUUACGUAUUCCUAAAGCUGAAGGGAUUGAUGUAGUAGCAUCAGUUGGUGCCUUGUUGGAGGAUGCCUUUGAGACUACACUGAAAAUGUCAAGAGACUUGGAUAAUGCCUCGUUUGCUGAGCGGUUCCCAGACCAUGUCAGACAAGCAAGUACUGACUUGUGUAUUCUCUUCACCAUGUGUUUUCGCGAUGGCCUGACUGGUGCUUCGCACUUUGUAGGAAUGAGACUGCCUGAAGAAAUGACAAGAGAUCUCAAUGARCACAUGUUACAAACGUUCCAGGCGACAUCUAUUCGUUAUGUCGAGACAGCUUAUCGCUUUCGACAUCAGCGAGAGGAAAUAUUGAAACGAUUUGUAAAAAAAGAGAAACCUAAAGAAGAAGCAGCCUCUGAGGAUUCUCAAAAAGACGCGGCCGAGGCUUGUGAGGCUAGUAGUCAAAAGUCUGAUGACUCAGAUUCAUUUGCAACACCACCGUUAUCGAUGUCUYUGAACGAUGUCGAAGAGUAUGYACCAUUAGAGGAUCAAGAAGAYAUUGAAAUGGAGGAAGAUGACGARGAAGACUGGAAGACAGUUGUACCCGAGGACUGGGUACCAAUUAUUGCUCGUGACGUCAUGCGACAAAGAAGACUUCCGCAGCAAGCGCCAUUUAGUGAUGGUUAUCUCAGCGGUCUUCCGCCUAAAAGGCGAAAGACAACCGAUCAAAGGGCCGUGUCUUCAACAAGCGAGAAUAUGUCGUCAAUACUCCGUCAAGCAGUGUUAGCGGCAGGAGUGACGCCUAAGACAAGCAUGGAAGCUCUGGCAACGGAUGCACAACAGAGCGACGACUUACACGAAGCUUAUCGCGGGGAAGUAAAAAAAGCCGUUAAAAGACGUACCAGUAAAGACGCCGACUACAAUCCAGACACGUUCCCCUCUACUAAAGAUUACCUAGAGAGCUCAUAGCGUUAAAAAUAUGA